AUGCGAGCGGAUCUGAGAUUUGAAGACGCUUCCCUGGAGCGGCAGUUCGCCGAACUGCAGGCGAGCCGCGGCAGAAAGCUGGGCAAGCAGUUCCACCUCAACCGGGCGGCCAUCUGGUGUGUGGUGCUGCUGCGGGUGCUGGCGUCUCGGGAGUGGCCCGUGGCCGCCGCCGUGGUGCUGGUGCUGGCGCUGCCAGCCGUCUCGCACUGGCUGCCGCACCGCCUGUACCUUGGGUGGCGCACCCCCAUCAAGGUCUUUGACAACCUACUACAGAUGGGGCUCGGUUGCUACACCCACCACCACCUCUACCCCAGCCCGAAGUCUGGGUACCCAUCCACCUUCCAGAUGGCGGCGGUGCUGGCCACGGGCAGCGGCUGGCUGUGGCAGUGCUUCAACAGCGUGUGGAACAGCCUGAGCUUCCGCGUGGCGCUGCCGCAGCAGGCCGCCCUCACCAUCCUCCUGCUGCUGUACAACCGCACGCUGUGCCGCAACAACCUGGCGCUGGCGCCGCUGCUGGCGCUGCGGCGCCACCGGGCAGCCUUUUUCGCCUACGCCGCCGGCCGCGACUGCGGCGCCACUGUGCUGGCUGCGCCGCCGGCGGCACGGGAGGCGGUGCGCCUCGCCUGCAUGCAUGCCAUGGCGGCGGAUGCAGAGGUCCAGCUGCCCAGGGCGGGGCUAGGGCUGGUGGCAGGCGCCGGCCCAGAGGAUGCUACCGAGCUGUGCGUCUCCUGGCAGCCCGUCAGUCAGCUUCUCCUCGGCUUCCUGCUGCCCACGCUGUACAUCUGGCGCACCGAGCUGCGCCAGCGCCGCGCCUUCCUGGCGCAGCAUGUGGAGACACAGGUGGCGCGCGGGCGGGCGCCGCCCCGGCGCGAGGCGGUGCCCACCCUGAUUGAGUACAGCAUGUUUGCUGCUCCGGCAGUGCUGUGCAUGUGGUCCCUCGUGGCGGUGCACGCCUGA